UUCAAGAUAGGUCCUUUUGAAAACUUUCGCUUUAAGAAAACCCUUCAGCAUCUUUCUUCUCCAUUUCUCCCUUCUCUAGUAUUCAAGGGUUUUAUUCAAAGGGAAAAUAACUUAGACAAAAGAAACGAUGUCGUUGAGGCCAAGCGCAAGGACGGAGGUGCGGCGGAACAGGUACAAAGUGGCGGUGGAUGCGGAGGAAGGGAGGCGGCGGAGGGAGGACAACAUGGUGGAGAUCCGCAAGAGCAAGCGCGAGGAAAGCUUACUCAAAAAGCGCCGCGAAGGCCUUCAAUUACAGCAGCAGCAGUUCUCCACUUCUCUUCAGUCUGCGGUCGAAAAGAAGUUGGAGAGUCUUCCUUCUAUGACUACUGGGAUUUUGUCAAAUGAUAGUAAUUUGCAGCUGGAAGCAACUACUCAGUUUCGUAAAUUGCUUUCGAUAGAACGAAGCCCUCCUAUUGAGGAAGUAAUACAGUCCGGUGUUGUUCCACGCUUUGUUGAGUUCCUUACUAGGGAGGAUUUUCCCCAGCUUCAGUUUGAGGCUGCUUGGGCACUUACAAACAUUGCGUCUGGAACCUCGGAGAACACCAGGGUGGUUAUUGAUCAUGGCGCAGUCCCAAUUUUUGUAAGGCUUCUGGGUUCUCCGAGUGAUGAUGUUCGUGAGCAGGCUGUGUGGGCAUUAGGUAAUGUUGCUGGUGACUCUCCUAGAUGUCGUGACCUUGUCCUUGGCCAUGGAGCUUUGAUUCCUUUGCUGGCUCAGCUGAAUGAGCAUGCCAAGCUUUCAAUGCUGAGAAAUGCCACAUGGACACUCUCGAACUUCUGCAGAGGCAAGCCACAGCCUCCAUUUGAUCAGGUACGAGCUGCACUUCCAGUUCUUCAGCGUCUUGUUCACUCGAAUGAUGAAGAGGUGCUUACGGAUGCAUGCUGGGCUCUCUCAUACCUAUCUGAUGGGACAAAUGACAAAAUUCAAGCAGUGAUAGAGGCAGGUGUCUGCCCACGGCUCGUCGAGCUCCUCCUCCACCCAUCUCCUUCUGUUCUUAUUCCCGCACUGCGCACAGUUGGAAAUAUUGUGACUGGAGAUGAUCUUCAAACUCAAUGUGUAAUUGAUCAUGGUGCACUUCCUUGCCUGUCGAGCCUGUUGACUCACCACCAUAAAAAGAGCAUUAAGAAAGAAGCUUGCUGGGCAAUUUCGAAUAUUACUGCUGGAAAUAGAGAACAAAUACAGGCUGUAAUUGCUGCUGGUUUAAUUGGUCCUCUAGUCAAUCUGCUUCAGACUGCUGAAUUUGAGAUAAAGAAAGAGGCUGCAUGGGCUAUUUCAAAUGCCACUUCUGGUGGAAACAAUGAGCAAAUUAAGUACUUGGUCUCUCAGAAUUGUAUAAAGCCUUUAUGUGAUCUUCUUGUGUGCCCUGAUCCGAGGAUUGUCACUGUUUGUCUAGAAGGACUAGAAAACAUAUUGAAAGUUGGGGAAGCAGAAAAGACCAACACGGGAGAUGUAAAUUAUUUUGCCCAGUUGAUAGAUGAGGUCGAGGGCUUAGAAAAGAUCGAAAACCUGCAGAGCCAUGACAACAAUGAAAUUUAUGAGAAGUCGGUGAAAAUACUGGAGACAUAUUGGCUGGAAGAAGAGGAUGAAUCACUUCCUGCUGCUGAUGGGGCUCAGUCUGGAUUCAACUUUGGGGAAAACAAUGUUCAACUUCCACCUGGUGGAUUCAAUUUUAGCUGAAGGUCAUUCAGUUUGGUUGAUGGGUCAGUUCUUCAGGUUGAGUCAAGUGAAGGUCUGGUUGUGUCUAAGUCGGGGUCAAGUCGGGUCAGAGCACCUUACCGAGUCUGCUAGUCCUGUGCAGACUCUGUUGUGGUUAAGGAGGUGCCCAGUCUGGUCGUUUGAUGCUAUAGUGGUCAAUAAAAAAGGGGAUGGGGUUUUUCUUUGGAGGAGGUGGGGGGUGGAGGGCAAUUUUCAUCGUUGAUGGAGAUGGCUGGUAAGGGUGGUCUUGUUUAGUUCAUUCCCCUGUAUGGUCGAGUAGUUGGGGAAGUCAGGAAAUGAUUGUCAAUUGAACAAGGUUUUUUUUUUUUAACCUAAAUGCGAGUGUCGUCUAUUUGUUUGUCUUUUGUCGUCUGAGCCCAACGGUAUUGUUUUUCUGUUGCUAAGUUCAUAUGUCAAUGACCUUAAAUUGGUUGCUUGUGUUAUGGGAGAUGAAAGCAAGAGUUCAGUUCUAUUAUCA